AUGUCACGGCGCAUCAUCCGUCUCCUCAAGCUCUCUUCUAGGAACAACAAUGCUUUCAUCCAAAAGUGUGUUCGCUUUUUCUCCACCGGCCCGUACUUGACACUCGGUUGCAAAACUGGAGACGUUCUCUUGUUUGACCCUGCAAAAGAACAUAUAGUCACUCUCCAGGGCAAAACAAUACCUAAAGAGCUCAAGGACGAAGAAAUGAUUGGAGCUUCGCAUGGAUGGGUUUUUUUCUCUGACCGGCGUGAUGGUACCGUACGUGUCAGCGACAUUUUCAAUCCUCUGGCAUCCAAAUCAAACCCCACCGUGAUUCCUCUGCCUUGUCUUACUUAUCAAACUGAACAAGUGUGUACCGUAGCAAUGUCGUCUUCCUCUCCUCUCGGUGAGGAAGGCUGUCUAGUGGCUAUCAAGUUUUCAGGUGACCAGCUGAGUCUAUGCAGGCCCGGUCGUGACCUUGAGUGGAUUAACAUCUUAACCCCUUUCCACUGCUGUGAAAACUCAAAUCUCAUGUAUUCAAAAAGAGACAAUAGCUUAUACUUACCUGCUCCUGGAGGCAAACACUUGUUCUCCUAUCAUCUCAGCUCCACAGCAGACCCCCCUGAGCAACAUGAGUUGGUCUAUCGCGGCCUUCCAGAGAUGGACCAGUCCGAGUGGGAGAUUUUGAGUUCGUGUUCCAGGAGGGAAUACCUUGUUGAGUCAUCCUCUAGUGACGAACGUUACCUAGUCAAAUGGUACGCACAUGGCUCCUAUUCAUCGGUGUUAAAAGGAAUUGAUUACGAAACAAAGAGGUUCAUGGUGUUUAGUGAGGAGGAGACUACUGAGGGAAAAGUCAUGUGUUACACAGAUGACAUUGGAGAUAUGUGCAUUUUCAUUGCAAGUAACGAGGCUUUCUGCGUCCCGGCUAGCUCAUGCCCCGGCCUCAAACCUAGCACCAUCUAUUUCAUGGGACGUGGCUUUGGUUCUUACGAUCUCACUACCGGAGAAACACAUCAUUAUAAAGCUCCCGGUGUUGUUAUCACAACCCCUUACUGGCUUCCUCCAUUUUCUGUGUAG